UUACUCUCGCUGACAGGACCAGAGGAGUGAUUCCCAACGUGAAGCUGAACGCAGUUGCGGUCAUUUAUUUUGAAAGUUGGAUUACAGCGGAGUCACUUGAACUGGUCGGAAAUAUUGUCUGCCAGAUGGUUCCCAGAAGAUGAGCAGUACAUUGUGGGGACAUCAGCGGAAUCCCGGACUGUCAACGGCAGUGUGGCAAGCGUAGAUAAGCCCCCUUAUGAGGUGAAAAUCCAUAUCCGUCCUGCAGUAUCCCCUCCCAGCACCAACAGCAGGAAUAAGGGAUGUCACGGCUGUUCCUCUUUUCGGCAAUGCUGAUUGUCUCCUGCAGCAUUGAGGUGUCUCCUGCUGCUUCUCUGGAUAAGCUGAAGGAGAGUUGGAAGUUGUACAUGGAGGAGUGUGAUCGAAACAACAGUCGAGACCCACCAAGCACUGGCCUCGUAUGCAACAGGGAAUUUGACAAUUACGCCUGUUGGCCCGAUGGACUCCCAAACACCACCGUCAGUGUGUCAUGUCCUUGGUAUCUGCCGUGGCACCAUAAAGUUCAACAUGGCAUGGUGUAUCAGGAGUGUGAUGCAAACGGCCAGUGGGUGACAAUGAAGAAUACCAGCGAGUGUGACUCUAAUGAUCCAAGUCUGCAGUACUACGGUCAUAUUCGGAUCAUGUACACUGUGGGCUAUUCCUUAUCACUGGUGGCUUUGGUGUUGGCGCUUGGCAUCCUCAUAUUCUUCAGGAAACUGCACUGCAUGAGGAACAACAUCCACAUGAAUCUGUUUGCCUCCUUCAUCCUGCGAGCGCUGUCCAUCCUCAUCAAAGACGCUCUGUUGGAGGCCAACAUCACGUCGCAGGACCUCAGCAGUGACCAGGAGCAGGGGUUCCCACAGGCGUCUAUGCCUCCAGUGGAGCUGCUGGUCAACAAUGAGACGGCGGUUAACUGUCGCAUUGCCAUGGUGAUGAUGCAGUACAGUAUCAUGGCCAACAGCUACUGGCUGCUGGUGGAAGGCAUCUACCUCCACAACCUCCUGGUCAUCACUGUGUUUACAGAGAGGAACUACUUCAAAAUCUACCUGUGCAUCGGCUGGGGUACCCCGUUAAUAUUCCUCGUGCCCUGGGUCAUUGCUAAACACCUAUAUGAAAAUCAAGAGUGCUGGGGGCAAAAUAUAAACAUGAAUUACUGGUGGAUCAUCCGUUCCCCGAUACUGCUGGCAGUUGUGAUCAACUUCCUUAUCUUUAUCCACAUCAUCAACAUUCUUGUGUCAAAACUUCGAGCACACCAAAUGAGAUACACAGAUUACAAAUUCAGGUUGGCAAAGUCGACGCUAACCCUGAUCCCUCUGCUGGGCAUCCAUCAGGUGGUCUUUAUCUUUGUCACGGACGAGUCCACAAAGGCCACCAUCGGACUGCGUCUCACCAAGCUCUUCAGCGACCUCUUCUUCUCCUCCUUCCAGGGUCUCUUGGUGGCCAUCUUGUACUGCUUUGUCAACAAAGAAGUGCAGUCAGAGAUCCUGAAGACGUGGAAGCGCUGGAAGCUAGGGAGGAACAUCGAGGAGGAGUACCGCCACACUUACAGCAACACCCCAAACACCAAGACUGCUAGCCUGUUGAACCACGUCUCCCGACUGCCUCAUCUCCCAGACAUCGCCAAAUCCUCUUCCCCGGUCUGCAGCCCUGAGGAGACGCACAUGCUUGUGGCUGGAUGCCACAACGGUGUGGUCAGCAGUAAGGGGGCGAGUCAGUGCGCCUCACCCCUUCACGAGGGAACCAUCAGCAACUGCACCCUACUGGAGGAGAUCAGCCUCACGGAUAAGGUGCAGUGUUACGAGGGUCAGAGAGACAACGUGGAGAGCCACCUGUGAGAGGUGCUGGGAACAAGAACCUGAUGAGGAAAGUUAGAUGGCCUUUGAGCUCCCAUCUGGCUCUGACAUACUAUCCUGGGUGGAUGUGAAGAGCUGGGGUGAUAGACUCAUCCGUCAAAGAUGUUUUUGACCAAUGUCACUUGGAAGCUAAGCGGCACUCCGCCCUCUCCACAGCCUGAGAACGGAGAAUAAUACGGCAGACUCCCAAGCUGAGAAGUCUAAUGUGCUGCGAGCCUCAUAAAUGGAUUUUUGUAGAUGUUUGAAAGAACCUGAAACCUCAAAAUGCAACAGAACAAGACAACAAUUAAAGAAACAGGGUCAUCGCUUGAGCCUCUGCUUUACUUACUGCUUUGUAUCAAAUGUGUGUUUUGCGGUACUGGAGGUUUAAGACAAACUGGACAUUGAACUGCCUACACAUAAAAGACCAAACAAGUGACUCAAAACAAGUUGGUAGGGAACAGAGGCUUUGCUUUUUCCUCUUUAACUUUGCUUUGCUAUCUGUAAAUGGUUUCUUGUUCAUACUGACUUUGAUGAAAAUGUACAGAAAAAGAUAAAACAUUCUGCUGGCUGUAGCUCAAACAGUGAAGAGACCACAGUGCUGUUCAAGCAGCCCCAUUCAGGGGACAUUGGAAAUUGGCAGCUGCUCUCACCAGGUCAUUCCUGGCUUAUAUAUAGACAUUAAAAGAGGUCAAGAGAUGCUAUGGGGUGACUUAUAAAUAAUUUAGAUUGAUCAUCGUUUGACUAGGUGUUUUACAACAAAAAUAUGUCUUUUUUUAUACCUUGGAUAUGGCAGAGUGUACAGUUGUGACUGUGUAUAUGUGCCAGGUGUGUUUUCAAGGGGAACAGUUGCAGAUCUGCGCCAUUACAAUUUGUUUUUCUUUCCCCCUUGCCAUCAAGAUGUUGUCUGACUCACACGCCCUGGCGUACUAUAUGAAGCUCUUCACCUUAGCCCACUCAACGAUUGAGAUGACAGCUGAUCGGAGAAAGCGUGCACUCAAAUCAAGGAUAAGAAUACACAGCAAAUAGACAUGACCUGUAAAGCCACACAUGAAUAAAGUAUGAAUCCAACACUGUGACUCAAAGUAACAUGUCGACUCUGGCACAAAGGUGAUGUUUAAAAGUCUAAAUAUAGGUUCAUGCAGAUUUUGCGUAUUUGAGUUUAAGUUGUGUGAUUCAUAUAGUGCCAUCCCGUCAGUAUUCACAUUGUGCAAACGCCAAAUAAAAAAAAUCAGAAAGACUGUUAACAAUACAUCCAGUCACUCUACAGUGUUUAAUAUUCAGACCUAUCCUGUGUGACACUUAGAACAAAACUAUGUCCCCUGAAAGCAGAACAAAACCUCUCAUUACAAAGAAAGCUAAAUUAGCAGUGGCACAUUUGCUUCUGAAUAUGUUGCAUUUGUUUUUGAAGAAAGGAAGCCUCCUACAGAACAUUAAUCUUUGAGUUGCUAAACCUUUUGCCAGAACUAACUCAACUUGACUGUGUAUGUAUGACUAUUUGCAAAAUGUUAAUUUAUAAUUGGUAAACUCUGUGUGUGUAUAUAUAUAUAUGUGUUAAAACAGGUGAUUUAUUUGAUUGCUGUCAAUAUAGUACUUGCGUGUGUGUAUAUUUUUUUCAGGUGGGUAUGAAUGGGUGUCAUUUCAGUAUUUUCGAUUUGUGGAUGUUGGAUGAAUCAUCGGCUGCAGCCAGAUAAGCGAUAGGUUGAUAUGAACCAGUACAACUGGGUUCACACAAAGCACAGAGGUCAGAGGUCGUUAUGAGUCCCACUCUAGCAUAUACAGUAUGGCACCGCAUAACAUUCCCAGAAGUCAUGCCUAUAUAAGGAAGACACAGCUCUGUAUUUUAUGAUGGAAGCUACUCUCGGAGUCAUUUUGUGGUUUCACAGCUAAAUUAUAGCACAACAGCAGCAUGUUUGUCAUCCAGAUAAUAGCUCUGUGCAUUUACACUUCAGCCAUGUCCAGUCGUUGAGUCUGUUUAAAAAAAAAAAAAUGGCAGGCUAUUUUUCCAUCAAUGUCUGCUGAGGAUUGUAAUGCAGCAGGUAGAUAUCCAGUACUCAGAGCUGAGCUGGGAGCAUGAUGCACACACUAGCGCUGCUGUUGCCCAAAGGUGAAUUUUCUGUGUUUUUCUCAUUUUCCAGGGCAGGAGAAAUGCUCGAUACUGACAUAGUAACAAAGGAAUGUUGUGCACCUUGAGUAAAACUGUAUUCAGUAGAGUAUAUAUGUAUGGUCAAAGUAUAUUGCUAAUUUUAUUUUAAAAUAAUACAUGUAUUUUAAGCUGUGACCAUAACUAUGUAUGUUUUUUGAAGUCAGCAGCUUGGUUCACUCCCCUUUCUGGACCAAAGUGGUUCUGUCUGAAUGUAUUUAUAGGAGCCCAAAUCAGUAUGCUCCGUUUAUUUUCUCUUAAAAGGUGGUUAUGUACAGUACAUUUGCUGUGAGGAACCAAUCAGUAAAAACUGACUGUGUUCAGGUGUAUACUGUUCAUCAUAUAUUGUGUCUGCUUAUCAAACUUUGUCCAAAUGGUGAAAGAAUAAAUUACAAUGUAUGUGAAAGAGUAUUUUAACUUGAUUGUGUCUUUUGUAUUUG